AUGGUUUACACUGACACCGUCGGCGGAAGUUUCAGUGAAGACGUAAAUGAGAGUAAGGUUUGGAAACGGUAUGUUGUAUCGUUUUUCGUCAGCCUACCCUUUUUCACGUACGGCGUUGAAAACGACGUGCUAACUGCCACUUCAAAACUAGGACCAACAAUAGAAAAUUUAAACGUCCCAUGGAGUACUGUAGCGUUUAUACUCAGUUCUAUAGUAGCCGCACCGCUACAUUGUUUUGUUAUAAACAGAUAUGGCAGAAGAGUCGGAAUCUAUCUCAUCGUUUUAUUGCAAGGGAUCGUAUGCGUGCCUCUGCUAAUUGCUUUGACUGACGCCAGUGUGAUAAUACAAGGUUCAAUUGCCGGUGUAGCCACUGGGGGUUUGUUCGUCGUCGUACCAAUUUACGUCAGAGAAGUCAGCUCGGACGGAAUGCGAGGUGUGACUCUGGCACUCAUGAUGUUAAUGGCUGCCGCGGGUAACGCCAUGAAGUUGCUCUUAUCUGAAGACUCAAUGUUGUAUCUCAUGGUUGGAUUUGUAGCGAUAGAGCUCGUCGUAGUUUUCCUGAUACCCGAGAGUCCUGGCUUUCUCGUGAUGAGAGAUAAAUUACUGGACGCACAACUGAGUACAGCAAAACUAGUCUGUUUAAAACACGAUCAAAAUUUUGUUACCAAUGAGGUUCGCCUGCUGAAAGAAGAAAGCGACCGUGCCAAAUCAACUAGAAACCUAGGUUUAUUUAAUAUCCCAAAACACAAAAUAUGGCGGGAUCAAAUGAAAAUAGGACUGUUAUUGAACACUACGACAAUAUUAAGCGGGUGCAGCAUAUUCCUAGAUCAAGACAAAGCACUGGCGCAGCUUAAGACUGACAUUGACCCUGAAAAAAUGCUGGUUCCUAUCAGCCUAUUGCUAGGCGGUUUCAGCUGUGUGGUUCUAGUGAAUUUUCUCGAAAGGAAAUACCUACUGACCAUCUCAUAUAGUGUGAUGAUAUUAUCAAUGGGCACUUUAGCUGUAUACACCCAGGCCGACCUUACAGUGACGUCACUCAGAUGGGUGCCAAUCGUCGCUCUGGCAAUUCUAGUAAUCAGCUAUGGUGUGGUCUGGAGUUUGCCAACCGUAAUCUUAGCUGAGAUGCUAAAUAUAGAGAUACGGGCUACGGCUAUGGGAGUGAUAUACGUAUAUUCCCAAACAGUGAGACUGCUGCACACACUGACGUUCCAAUAUUUAGAGGAUUACAUCGGCAUAUACACGCUGCUCUAUUUGUGUGCGUGCAUCAACAUAUUCGGAGCUAUAUACGCGAUAUCGAUGAUCCCCGAUAUUAAAAAUAAGAGCGUCAAACAAAUCGAGAGGCAGCUGCGCAGAGUACCUAUUCUAAAGUUA